AUCUCCCGUUGUUUCAAAACUGAUUUUAUGUUUGUGGGACCAUUUAGUUAGAAAAGUAAACUUAGUUUUGGUUUUUAGUCACAAAAACUACCUCAGUAGCAAGAAGUGACUUAGAAUGUAUUAAAAAGAUGAAAAGUGUCCUAGAGUGAAAAUAACUCACCAUGCAGUUGCAAACUUCCCCAUUAGUAAUCUCUGAGUCACCAUUUUUCUCAGAUUUGUUUUCUUCUCCUCUUUGGCUAAUCCACCCCCUUCUUUCUACAAUGAGUUCUAGGGACAAAGGAUCAUCAUCUUCGCCAGCAAUGGAUAACGAAACCUAUGUGAAGAAUCGGAUACAAGAGCUUGUUCGUCUUAUCAAAGUUGCUCGUGUCUAUAGACAAGACAAUGUCCCUUCCCUUAUCCAACAGGGUCUCUAUCUCGGAUCCUUUGCAGCAGCUUCCAACAAGAACGCUUUGAAGUCUUGCAACGUUACACAUAUCUUAACCGUAGCUAGCUCCUUGAGACCUGCCCACCCUGGCGAUUUUGUCUACAAGGUUGUUCCAGUUGUGGAUAAGGAAGACACUAAUUUGGAAGCAUACUUCGAUGAGUGUAUCCAUUUCAUUGAUGAAGCCAAGAAGCAAGGUGGUAGCGUUCUUGUCCAUUGCUUUGUUGGAAAGUCACGCAGUGUCACUAUAGUUGUUGCUUACCUCAUGAAGAAACACGGAAUGACUUUAACCCAAGCAUUGCAGCAUGUUCAGAGCAUUAGACCUGUGGCAAAUCCUAACGCCGGUUUCAUCAGGCAAUUACAGGACCUCGAAAAGUCUUUACAAGUAAAGGAAUAUUUGAGUGACCAGAACUCGUGGGAUGAAAAGUAAAGUGUUGUGGAGGAACAAGACCGGUUCAUGUUAAUAACUCUUACUUGCAUCUUCCUCUCUGUCUCUCUCUCUAUAAAACAGGGAAGCAAGAAUCGCUUGCCCACCCUCAAGUGUGAAGACCCCACCAAGAUCAUACCUUUUGGAGGAAACUUGUAAAUCUCAAACUAAGCAUCAUAUGUUUAUUUUUUUCUUUCUCCUUUAACAACUUGAUAAAAAAACAUGGAAAGGAUUCUGUAAGGUUUAACUGUUUCAUGAAAGCCAUAGCCUAUACGAUGAACUAAAAGCAGAAGAUAACACAACCA